AUGGAAAGCCGCGGAUUGACCCUCCGCAGCAAAUCCCGCCGCCCCCGGCCCCAGAUCAGUGCGCCGAAGCCGAUCUCCGGACCUCUCCCUCCCGGUAGUAAGGCCGUCGACCCGAGGACCGCUACGUCAACGUCCACUUCACGCGAACGCGCCGCUCAAAAAGAUGCCACCUCCGAUUUGGUGAAGAGGAGAUAUUCCACCCGCUUCAAUCAAGCCCCCGAUCUUGACUCCGCAAACGCACCCCCGGUGCCCGGGGUGCCUAAAGUUCCGACUCAGUAUACGGCGCUAAGUCCACCUCAGUCAACCAGCAGACGGCCCUCGACAGAGUCCUCGGGUCCGCCACAAGUGGAUCUGAAUGCUUUGCGCGACCCUAGUCUACCAGUAGAUAGAUAUGUCGCCAACCUCCUAGCCAAUGCAACCGAGGAAGAGAUCGAAGAGUAUCAGAGAAGCUUAAAAAAGGUGAAGAAUCGGACAUCCACCGACCUCCAGCAAAAUGUCUAUCAGAAUCGCACGCAAUUCAUCAAGAUCAGUAAAGAAGCGGAGAAGCUCAAAGGAGAGAUGCGCACUCUCCGCACCCUCAUGUCAGAGCUCACAACAGCUUUGGGACAAACAGCGACCGUUGGCAACACUUCAAAUCCCAUGUCUCCGACGUUAGACGAGCGCAUCACCAAGCGAAGCAAUCGCAGUUCCGUUGCCAAUCUGGAGAGCAUGUGGAACGUUCAGCUGCAAACACUGUGGAAGACCGUCGAAGGAUCGCAGAAGUUCCUACCGGUGGUACCAGGCCGGCACAUCGUGUUGGAGACGGGAAACUGGGUCGAGCUAGAUUCUGCGACUUGGAAGCCCCGGCGGCCGGUUCACAUCGUGCUGCUGAACGAUCACCUGCUUGUGGCGGCUAAAAAGCGAAAGCGUGUGGAUCAGAGCAAUACAAACCACCAGGGCCCGGUGCCCACCAAGCUCGUCGCGGAAGAGUGCUGGCCCCUGCAAGAUGUCGACAUGAUUGACCUCGGUGCUAAUCUUGGCCCUGGGGUCUCCCGUGAAGAAGCGGAAGAUCGUGGUAUCAUGAACGCUGUGAGCGUCCGCGUGGGCUCUAAACCCUUCACCUAUCGCCACGAUAAGCGUAAUGGCUCCGCCAAGAUCGACCUUCUCGCGACAUUCCGGAAAACCGUAGAAGACCUUCGCCGGACGCUGCGAUCCGACACGGAGACCGCAGGCAAGAACGAGUCAUUCGGGUAUCGAGGAGUAAGACAGUCGUCAUACUCCAUGGUAAAACCAGAUUUCAGCGCCUUGGAAACCCAGCGCGAAGCACCCGAAGUCCGCAUCGACGUAGACGGAAAACAACAAAACCUACGGUGGGUCGAGGGCCAGGUCGACGAACUCGACAUCGACAUCGCGCUUCAGCGCUUCGAAGAAGCCGUCUCCAACAUCGAGCGGCUGCGGAAACUCGCCAAAGGCCUGAAAGGUAACUCGGUCGCGCAGGACGUGAUCAAUUCUAAAGUGGACGAGCGCGCCGCCAAACUGGCAGGGGUACUGUCGCGAUCCUUAAUCGACACGCCCUCAGCCUGCGUCUUCGAAGGUGACCUCCCUCUAUACAUCUUCCAAAUCUCCUACGUCUACUUCACGCUUAUCAAAAAUACCGUCAACAUCUACCAACAAUGCUUCCCGGCCAUCAUGACCAGCGCCUGCAUCAAAUGGGCCAAACACCACCUAGACGGAUUCAACGCCCUCCUCACACGCCAGCUCAGCAGCGUCCAGCGCGGCACGACCGUCUGGCAGAAGUGCAUCGACAUCGUGCACAAGCAUGCCGACCUACUCACAGAAGUCGGAAUUGACUUCACCGACCUCGUAGCCAAGGGACUGGAGCUGAACGAGGGAGAGCAAGUCGAGAAGCCGAAGAUGACCCGCUCGGAGACGCUGCUCUCUGGGCUGGCGGAUGCGGCGGAGGCCUAA